AUGGACAAUUUAUUCUCUACACUUGGAUUGAGUAUUUCUAGAUUGCGGGGUCAAGGAUAUGAUGGGGCUAGUAAUAUGCAAGGUGAGUUCAAUGGUCUUAAAACACUUAUACUGAAAGAGAAUCCUUGUGCGUAUUAUGUUCAUUGUUUUGUUCAUCAAUUGCAAUUGGCACUUGUAGCCAUGACAAAAUAUCAUAAUCAAAUUGCUUUACUUUUCACUUUGGUUUCUAAUGAGGUGAAUGUUGUUGGAGCAUCAUGUAAACGCCGAGAUAUUGUUAGGGAGAAGCAAGCUGCAAAAGUUGCUAAGGCACUUAAUACUGGAGAGCUAUCUAGUGGGCAAGGCUUAAAUCAAGAAACUACUCUUAAAUGUGCUGGUGAUACACGUUGGGGUUCACACUAUGGUACUUUAGUCAGCUUGGCUAGUAUGUUUUCAACAAUGAUUGAUGUGCUUGAAAUGAUUUCGGAGGAUGGUUCAAAUUCAGAACAACGAGCAGAAGCAAAUGUAUUGUUGGACUCAAUUCAAUCAUUUUUGUUUGUAUUCAACUUUCAUUUGAUGAAAACGAUAUUGGCUAUUACAAGUGAGUUAUCGCAAGCACUACAAAAGAAAGAUCAAGAUAUUGUUAAUGCCAUGAAUUUAGUUCAAAUUUCUAAAGUACGGCUCCAAAAGAUGAGGGAGAGUGGGCGGACAUCUUUACUUGAUAAUAUUUUGUCUUUUUGUGAAAAUCAUGAAAUUGAUGUUCCCUAA